CGUGGAAUUUGGUUACUUUGUAUCACAUACAUUUCUUUAUCAAACAUGUUCAACAAGGGAUUUAUCGAUACAUAACUUCCUAGUAUCUUUUGGGUAUUUUGAACGCCAUUGACUGUGACUAAUUGGGAAGGAUGGACGGUGCUCUUGCCUUUGUUAUUAGCCCGAUUCCUCUACUCAAGAGACCAGUGAAACAGUCCAAAUCGUUGCACGGAAAUAGCGUGUAUAUACAGUUGUAUACACAGAGAGUUUUUUUUCCUGGUGUUCGAAACAAGUCGCACAUAAAGAAAAUUUCUCCUUUGAACACGUUUGCUCAGCUGGAUCAGUUUCACGAAGAAUGUGGAGUAGUAGGUAUUUGGGGAAUUGAAUCAGCUUCGAAAUAUGCCUUUUAUGGUUUACACGCAUUGCAACACAGAGGACAAGAAGGUGCAGGAAUCGCCACAGUGUCUGACGGGAAACUUCACGAGUACAAGAAUCUGGGGCUAGUCACUGAAGUAUUCAACGAGGAUAUUUUAUCCGAAUUACGGGGCUCUGCUGCUAUAGGACAUAAUAGAUACUCUACUUCCGGUGAAAAGAACGUCCGCAAUGUACAGCCUUUCACGGUCGAACUCAGUGGCAUUCAAGUAUCGAUUGCUCAUAACGGCAACCUUACAAACGCCAACAAGUUACGACGUCAUUUGGAACUUCGAGGCUCUAUUUUCAAUACAUCUUCAGAUACUGAAGUUAUUUUACAUCUAAUGGCAACCUCUUUACUAGCCUCGAGCUCUUUUAUUGGAAAAAACUCUUAUGAACCUCUUAUACAACGCGUUAGUGAUGCCUUGAGUCGAGUAGAAGGUGCCUAUUCAGUUCUCUUAUUGAGUCCUUCUUGUUUAGUUGCAGUUAGAGACCCUCUUGGAUUCCGUCCAUUGGUUAUGGGAAAGAUGAAGAACAGAAUGGAGUCCAUUAUUUUUGCUAGUGAGACUUGUGUAUUUGAUUUAAUUGGUGCAGAGUUUGUAAGGGAAGUUGAUCCUGGAGAAAUGAUAGUUGUGUCGAAAGAUGGUCUACAUUCAUUUUUUCCAUUUCCAUCGCAGAGAAGAAAAGCAUGCAUUUUUGAACAUAUUUAUUUUGCGAGACCGACUUCCAUUGUAUUUGGUCGUUCAGUUUAUAUGAGUCGUUUUCGCUUUGGUGAAAUUUUAGCAGAGAAAGCACCAGCAGAAGCAGAUAUUGUGAUUCCAGUGCCUGAAAGUGGAAUUCCUGCAGCUUUAGGCUAUUCAGCAGCAAGUGGCAUUCCAUAUCAACCCGGUAUUAUGAGAUCUCAUUAUGUCGGAAGAACAUUUAUACAGCCUACGCAAGACAUUCGAGACCUUAGUGUGCGAUUGAAAUUGUCAGCUGUUCGAUCCAUCAUAGCGAAUAAACGUCUCGUUGUUGUGGAUGACUCCAUUGUACGAGGAACAACUAGUAGAAAACUUGUUCGUAUGUUGAGAGAAACUGGUGCUAAAGAAGUUCAUGUGCGGAUAGCUUGUCCUCCUAUCAUUGGUUCAUGUUAUUAUGGAGUAGAUACACCGAAUACAAAGGAACUGAUUUCUCACAAUAUGAAUGAGGAAGAAAUUAGACAAUAUAUCGAUGCUGAUUCGUUGGCAUUUUUGCCAUUAGAUCAACUCCAUCACUUUUUAGGUGAAGAAUCAUCGAGUUUCUGUGACGCCUGCUUCUCAGGAAAUUAUCCAAUUCGUCCAUUGCCAUCUGAAGACACUACACAAGAAGACAAUAUACAUCCAAAAGUGUUCCAACAAUAGCAUUUGUAGUAAGGAAGCGUCUUCAAAGUCUUGUUCGAAGCAUCCAGAAAAGUGGAUAUUGUAGGAUUGCAACGGCUAAUAAAAAAUAAUUUUUCCUG